CAUGUGUAAGACUGAAAUGAACAAUAUUACAAGCUGUCACAGCAGGGAAAAUGAUUCUGGCUCAAGUUCAAGACAGAGCACACCAGAGCGCAAGACAGAUCUUUCACAGGUAGCCUCAGAAAGUGCAUUAUUUAGCAAAGAGGUGUGCAAAUGGCCAGGCUGCAAGCAAGCAUUCAAAGAACACACUCUCUUCCUGAAACAUCUCUGUUCUGAGCAUGGCUUUGGAGACAAAACCAUUGAACAAUGGAGAAUGCAGAGAGAUAUGGUUCAGCGCAUCGAGAGUCAGCUAAAUAUGGAAAGGCAAAGACUACAGUUCAUGUCCCUGCAUCUGCAUGAUACUAACUCAAGACUGAAUCAGUCCAGCACUCAGUCAGAAAACCUGCAGUCCUGUCAAAGUUUGAGUAGCCAAAGCACCAUCUCUGCCGACAUGGUACCUUCAGGAUACUGGCACAUCCCUUCCUUACACUUCAUACAAGGAAUCGUCCCCAGCAUCGAGUGCUACAAUUUUACAAACAUAAGGCCCCCAUUUACCUAUGCAUCCAUGAUUAGAUGGGCAAUUCUCGAAUCUCCAGAGAAGCAUUUGACGCUGAAUGAAAUCUAUCACUGGUUUACACGCAAGUUUUAUUACUUCCGCCAGAACCCCACUACUUGGAAAAAUGCAGUGCGACACAACCUCAGCCUCCAUAAGUGCUUUGUGCGUGUCGAUGGAAGGAAAGGCUCAGUUUGGACCGUGGAUGAGGAAGAAUUUCUAAAAAAAAAAGGGCAGAAGUUACACAGGAAUCAAGAUAUGAGCUGGAUGGCACACAUGUUUUAUUCUUGAAAUUGUAUUCCUCAGUGCUGACUCACAUUGUGAGACUCUCUGAGUAACCACCACAAAACCUCAAUGUGUCUUUCUGCAUAUCCAUAAGUAAUUUCUGAUUUACUUCAGUUUCCUUUUUUAUUGACCUUAAAUAGGCCAAGGAAGCAGAAGCUGAAUAUGAAGCUUAGCUAAGGAAAUAUAUUACACAUGUGUAAAAACAUAAAAUACUAAAGUAUACAAUCGUUACAUUC